GAGUCUUAGGGUUCGUUUCCGCCUAACUCUCGCCUCCCGCCUCCCGCCUCCCGCCUCCGGCGACGAUCCAUGGCUAAGAGGACCAAGAAGGCCGGUAUAGUGGGGAAGUAUGGUACCCGGUACGGUGCUAGUCUCCGGAAACAAAUUAAAAAGAUGGAGAUUAGCCAGCACAUGAAGUACGACUGUGAGUUUUGUGGGAAGUGUGCAGUGAAGAGAAAGGCUGUGGGUAUAUGGGGAUGCAAGGAUUGUGGCAAAGUCAAAGCAGGAGGGGCAUAUAUCUUGAACACUUCUAGCUCGGUGACGGUCAGAAGCACGAUCAGAAGACUCAGGGAGCAGACUGAGAACUGAGUUGCAUGACCUGUUCGUUUUCUUGGUUAUGAUAUUUAUCUAUGUUUCGAUAUUCGACUUUUGUACUGUAAGUUUCCUAUUUUGAUUGCGUCUUUGUGGUAUUCAGACUAUUUUUUUGAUAAGAUUCUCUUGUAAGGUUGGUCGAGCUAACUGGUUUGACAUUCAUGACUUAGUAUGGUUUGAUGCACUCUGUUUAGUGCCAUCCUCCCCUUUGUUGGUAUGUGUAUUUUGUUUCUGUACCCACACCCAUACUUGAUGCAUCUCACUUUUGUCAAAUGGUCUUUGAGUGGGU